AUGGCGAAUCCGCGCGUGUACUUCGACGUGUCGAUCGCGGGAGAGCCGGAGGGUCGCGUGGUGAUGGAGCUCUUCAAAGACGCCGCGCCCAAGUCGGUGGAGAAUUUCCGCGCGCUUUGCACGGGGGAGAAGGGGAUUGGCGCAAGCACCGGCUUGCCGCUUCAUUUCAAGGGCUGCCCCUUCCAUCGAGUCAUCAAGGGUUUCAUGAUGCAAGGGGGGGACUUUUCCAACAAGAACGGCACAGGAGGCGAAUCAAUUUACGGGGAGAAGUUCGAGGACGAGCCUGGGGGUCUUGCGCUCAAGCAUGAUAAGCGUGGGAUUCUAUCCAUGGCGAACAGCGGGCCUGGCACGAACGGCAGUCAGUUCUUCAUCACAUAUGGGCCCACGCCGCAUCUCGAUGGCAAGCACUGCGUGUUUGGGCGGGUGCUGAGAGGAGGACAGGUGCUUCGAGCGGUGGAGAUCACACCCACGGACGGUUCAGAUCGUCCGUUGAGCGAUGUUGUUAUCGACGACUGCGGCGAGCUGGCAGAGGGGGAGGACGACGGCACCAUGAACCACCCUGAUGGAGACAAAUACCCCGACUGGCCCAGUGACUUGGAUGAGAGGCCUACGGAGUGGCAGUGGUGGGUGGAAGCAGUCAAAUCAAUUAAGGACCUUGGCACCACGCACUUCAAGAAUGGUGACUACCGCAUGGCAUUCCGGCGAUACCGCAAGGCCAUGGUGUAUUUGGACAAGGCAUGGGACAUGAAGGACAUCCCAGGAGAGACCCUAGAGGAGCUCCACACCAUACGAGACGCCCUUCUUAACAACUACGCGGCGUGCAAGCUGAAGCGCGGGGACUUUGACGGUGCGAUCGAGGACAGCAGCUCGGUGCUGUCGAGAAACGAGAACAACGCCAAAGCGCUCUUCAGACGCGCCCAGGCGUAUUUGGGUCGCAAUGAGUUGGAACCAGCAAUUGCUGGCCUGACACAGGCCCUGAAGGUCGAACCGAACGAUGAUUAUAGCAAGGAAGUGCAUCCUCAGAGGCAGUUUGGCGUGUUCCCAUCGCACGAGGAGGUGGCGGGAGGUCACAUGCGGUGGCAUGUGGUGGAGGUGCAGCAGGAGGCUGUGCGUGAGAUAGUGGUGUCGCCGUGGUGCAUCAGUGACCACAUGCCUGCCAGGCACCAUGGGCGAGGGGCUCAAGUGGAUCAUGGCACAUGUGGGGGAGGGUGA